AUGGACGAAGAAACUACUCCUAUAACUACAAAUACCCCAAAAACUCAAUCCCCUCUAUAUUUUCAAAGCAUUUUUAUUGCUUGUAUUGAAUUCGGAUAUGCCUUAGAAAAUGUGUUCAUUUCUCCUUAUUUCUUGAGGCUUGGCACUAAUUCCUAUCUAAGCGCUAUGAUUUGGCUAUUUCCUUCAUUUUUUAGGUUAUUAUUAAAUCCUAUCCGCUCUCAAUAUAUUUAUUCAAACAAGCAAAAGUUUGAGCAACGAAGGAACCGAAUUCUAUCUUAUCUUUGCUUACAAAGUUUGCUCGGGACACUAAUUUUUAUAUUUGCUGGGUCAUUAAGUCAAUGAUAUUUCGAAGAAGAUGUCGAAACUAAUAAAAAUGCAAAAAAUUUAGCUCUAAUACUAGGGCUUAUUGGCUUUAUCUUUAUGGAUUUAGGGUAUUUAAUGAUAAAUGAUUUAUUGAUUGAAAUUAUUCAUCAUUCUAACUCAGAAGUAAAUGAUAUUGAUUUUUGGAUUUUUAAUUGGAAAAAAGAUAUACAUUAAUAUGGCGGAGGCGGCUGCACGACCUCUUAACGCAAUUUCUCAGGAUCUUCAGGCAAUGCAUAGGAGGAGGAAUCAAAUCAAGAAAUAGAUACGGAAUCCCUUUAUGUAUUUGGGCAGAGGUUUUUCUCGUGCCCAACCUAUGAUACCUGGGAUAUGGGAUGCCUCCUCCUAAAAUGAAGUCGGAAAGAGCACAGUCGGCCAUCGUCCCCAAGAUUAGAUCCUAUCCCUACUAGAAUUAGGGACAAUGAAGACAAUAGAUCCUCAUAGUUAAGCUAGCCUUGGCGAAUGAACACCUCGGGAACAAGUCAGGUAUGACACAGCCUAAAUCAAGGCAAUCGGUGUCAGCCUGCUCCUUAUAACAGCUGAUGAGUUUAGAGAAGCGAAUAUCCUUUGCCGAUUUCAACAACACCAAUUUAAUUUAAUUGGAAAAAAGGUGGAAGGAUAAUAGGGUUUUUGUUUGCAUCGCUAGAUAUUUUCGAAACUUAUAGUCUGUAUACCUAUUAUGCUGUAGGUGACAAUUUAGCAUUUUCUUUUGGAUUUUCAGCUUUUAUUUAUAUGGUAAUUUUCUGCUUGAUUUUGCCAGGAAUUAUGAAUAUUCCAUAUAACUACCGAUAUAACCCUGAAAAAUGCUCGAUUACUUCACUUAGCUUAUUUUUUAUGUCUCCUCUCAAAAUAAAACUUUUCCUACUUGCCUAUUAUUUUUCUUAUGGAAGCUAUUUCUUAAUUUCAAUUUACACAACUUCAUGGGUAACAAUAUCACUUUUAAACGAAAAUUCAAGAGGUGCAAAGUAUUUGAUUCACCAUAGAGAAUUUGAAAUCGGUGUUUCAUGGGGUGCAUCUGAUAUGCUCCUUUUGAGUUUUUUUGCAUUAAUAUUUUCGCAGCUCAUUAAAUACAUCAGGCAUAGUUCGCUUAUUUCAGAAAGUCUUAUUUGAUCUAUAUCUUGCAUUGUAUGCACUGCUUCUCUAACACUAGGUUUACUGCUUAACAGCAAUAUUUAUCUAUAUGCUUUGAUUCCAUUCUGCAGCUUGAUUUUUGCUACUAUCCAAGUGAUUCCUCAACAUCUUUCUCCUCUACUCGACAAAACCUAUUCAAAACUAUGCCCAAUAAUAUCAUUUCCUCAUCUUUCCAAAGACUGCCCAAGCCAAAAAAACCAAAAAAGCAAUGCUUUGCAUCUUCCUCCUGAAUACAUCCCACAAUGGGAAAAGCUUUUACUCUGAAGUGGCUCCCUCAGCGAAAUCACAGUUCUCUGUAUCGUCCCCACAAUUUUAGCUUUUUUCCCUGAAGUUGACGAUAACAUAUGGGCUUUAAAAGUGUCUGCUUUCUGAUGCUCAAUAAGUGCCAUCCUUUGUUUAUUUUUAAAAUAG